UCCUUCUGUUGCAAGUUAGAUAUACCUUGAAGGGGGAAAAAGUUGUCAUGCGUACUUCACUUUGCUAUUUAACUGUGACGAAAUACGAAUUGCUUCAAUUAAAGGUGUCUCCACCCUUAAGUUUGCAGCAAAAUUAUGUUUUACUUCAAGGAAAAAAAUAACAAAUAAUCUAAGAAUGAAAGUAGAAUGACAUAAAUAUGUUGUUUAUGAAUGAUCAGUAAUUAAAUAUCGUUCCAAAGGUGAAAUUGUUCCUCACAAUUAAUGGAAUAAGAAUCUUUGUUAUCAAACAAAUCCAAGAUGAAAAAAACAUUUUUGUACUGGAUUUUUCAAAUUUUUUUCGGUUGCAUCCGCUUCCUGUGGCAUUGUAUCCUAUCGUUAAAAUAUGGUGGCAAAGGGAAAGUCGUUUCUCCUGUGACAAAACCGUUGCUACUCAAAUCUGCGACUCAGCUGGCUCGAGAGAUUCGGAAUGGAAAGAUCAAAAGUGAGGAAGUUGUUCAGGCCUAUAUAGAGAGAAUUCUAGAGGUGGAGCCUUACAUCAACGCAACAGGAGAACGCUGUUUUGAAGAUGCUUUAACGAAAGCGAGAGAAGUGGAUUCAUUGGUUGUUUCAGGAAAUCACUCGAAAGAGUUUCUGCUGAAAGAAAAGCCGCUAUUAGGUGUACCUUUUUCUGUCAAGCUUCAGUUCAUGGUUAAAGACCUUCCGUGUACAUCCGGGUGCAAACUUUUUGAAAAUCUAAUUGCUGUAAGAGAUGCUCCUGCAGUUGCAAUGAUGAAAAAGGCUGGGGCUAUUUUGAUCACUACUACAAACAUUCCCGAAUUAACUACAGACCUGGAAACCACGAACGAAUUAUAUGGGAGAACCAGAAAUCCUUACGAUGCUAACAGAACUAGUGGCGGUACUUCAGGUGGAGAGGCUGCUUUGAUUGCUGCAGGUGGUUCCGUGCUCGGAUUGGGUACUGACAGCCUGGGCAGCGUCAGAAUUCCAGCUCAUUUCACAGGCAUUUUCUCCCACAAACCAACAAGAGAUCUGGUGCCAAAUGAAGGUUGCUUUCCUCCUGAAAGUCCCGAUAAGCCACCGAAACUUCCUAAGCCUGAUAUUUAUAAGAUUGUUUCGACCGGACCUAUGUGUAGGUAUGCCGAAGAUCUCGUAAUCAGUAUGAGGAUCCUGUCAUUUAAUAAUGGAAUAAAAACGAAUUUUGAUAAACAGGUGGAUUUUAGAAAAAUAAAAGUGCGUUAUUUGAAAGAAAUUCGAAGUCCAGGUGUGCCACCAGUACAUAAAGACAUUGCAAAUGCUCUGAAAAAAGCUGUGUAUUACUUAGAAAAUCAUUACAACAUAACAGCCGAGGAAGUGAAAAUGCCUUUGUUGUACGAUGCUAUGAGAUGCAUAAUGGGUACACUGCACCGAUAUGUGAAGAACCCCAAAGAGACAUUACUAGGCAGCAAAGAUUCAGACUUCAAUGAAAAGAAAGACUUUCUGAAGAGCUUCAUAGGAAAAUCUGUUCUGAAUUUCACAAAUCUUGCCAUACUUAAUUUUUCAUUCAUUUCUGAGUGGUAUAUGCAUGACAAAGUUUCUUAUUAUGAAAAAAUGUCAGAAGACUGGAGUACUGAAUUCAAUAAACUUCUUGAUGAAAACACCGUACUUCUGAUGCCUACAUCGCCUGUCAUUGCACCUUACCAUUCCGAAUCCACCCUGCUAAUUCCCAUCGUUUGUUAUUCUGGAAUAUUUAACAUUACAGGUUUGCCAGUCACGCAUUGCCCAAUGGGCCUCACUAAAAAGGGUUUACCAUAUGGCAUCCAAAUCGUUGGCCGUGCAAAUAAUGAUGCUCUAACUAUAGCUUGUGCAAUUGAGUUGGAAAAAGCUUUCGGUGGCUGGAAAUCACCAGGAGAGCUAUAAAAAUUUCUGAUGAAUUUAUAUUUAUUGUUUUGAUACCUUUACCUGAUCACAAAACAUUUUGUCCAAUGGAUGCAUUUAAAGAAUUGUUUAUAAAGUGAGAUUAUCUUUUAUUUAAUAGUCAGGGAUUAUACACAUUUUUUUGCCAUUUAAAAAAUUUCCAAGUCAAGUUUUUAGAAGGUUUUUAUGCUUUGAUUUGGUAAAUUACCGUUCACAGACUUUUGCGCAUAUAGCUCAAAAUCACAUAAAAGACUGUCUGAUAGAGAUCAGAUAGACAAUAUCAUUUCUCAGAUUAAACAAUUAAUAUGGCGCAGAGUCUGACACGAGUUUAUGAACUAUUAAUAAAAAAUAAUCCCUAUUAGCUGCAGGAGGAUAAAAAUAUACACAUUUCAACAAGAUUCGAAAGUGGCAGACACUGCAAAAAAUAAAUUAUUUUUAGUUAAUUAUUCUCUUUUAUCUUUCAGUUCAUUAAGAAUUUCAUGGAAAAUAAAUUGUUUUUUAUCUAGAACUUAAGUUAUCCAGUUUUUUUAAAAUUUAUUAUGCAAAAACAUGCCUACUUUCCACAAUUUCAAGUUAUAUUAGUCUAAAACGAAUUGCUUUCUAUGGGUCUCGAUUUUAUCUGGAUUAAGAUAUCUUUAUCGCAGAUAUUAAAAAUGAGGAUAUUUCAAGUAGUUUUACAAUGUAAACAAGGCUUAUUUCACUUUUUCUCUGAAUAAAGAAAUGCAAAGUUAAAUUUUCUAUUCAUAUGUUUAUCUUUCCAAUAUAAAAAAAAUACGUAAAACAACAAAAACAAUAUCCGAAUACCAGUUAUGUCUAAACCCUACGAAAAGAGCUGCCAUUUAUAUUUUUUUACGCAACAUCCAAGUCCCAUUUUGUUUCUUUAUUAAUAAAAGCUUAUCAUUUUCUAUUUUUGUGGAUAAGAUAUGAUAACUGGAAUUUGAUUAUCUUUUCAAAAGAAAAAGGGUCAUUUGCGAUAAGUUCCUGUUUUUUUUUUUCGCAUCUUAAUUCUAUUUGUCAAAAUAAAUUUGUGUCAAGGACAACCACUGAAAAUGCUAUUGUAUUCUGAUACUGAAAUUAUGAAUACAUCAAAUACAAUAGUCAUGAAUACAUAUACUGUCUGUACCUCGAGACGUCUUAUUAUUGAAUACUUUUAUAUAAUUUGAAAUAUUGUUAGAUGUUUAUUUUAUAUGUUUCUAUUCUUUGCUGAUAAAUAUACUCAAGAUGAUUUUUGUUCACGUAUGUUGACGUAAUAUCAGAUCAAUAUUCCAGUUUUCCAAAAAAAAAAAAAAAAAAAAAAGCAUCGUUUUAGGCAACUCAAAAUUUUCGGGUAUGCAGUCUACCUGGAUAUUAUUACUUUUAAAAAAUGUUGUUAGAAAUCGACCAUUGUGUCCGUUGUUAAUCAAUAAAGAGUUUCUCUACAUAAAAAUCUGGAAAGAGUGUUACAUUUUAAUCUUUUGACAUCUAUCCAUAUUUAUAUAAAAGAAUGCCUGUAAUAUGCACUUUUUAUAUAAAUUUAUAAUUUUUGUCCAAUCUUUA